UCACCAUAUACAAUAUUCCUUUAAAUUGCAAAUUAGCAUGAAGCAUAAUUAGGAGGAAUUUGUGUGUCUUAUCAAUUAGUAAUUCUGAUUGUUGGCAACAAAACAUCUCCCUAGCUCCUCCAUCCCAGCUGCCCCUUUGUCCUCCUCCAAAUAUACAAACAAACUCAACAAAUAGUUCAUAAAAUAAAACUAAUAAUGUCAAAUAUCACAGGUGAUGAAGGGAGCUUCUCUUCUGGAGAAGUCCAACAGCAGCCAGAGAAGCACUCCAACCCCGUUGCCACCUCCACCAACAGCAAUGGCUCCUCCGCCUCUCAGCCGCAGCAGAAACAGCCCCAGCCUUCAGCUAAGAAGAAGAGAAAUCUUCCAGGAACUCCAGAUCCGACGGCGGAAGUGGUGGCGCUGUCUCCGACGACGCUGAUGGCGACGAACCGGUUCGUGUGUGAAAUCUGCAACAAAGGGUUUCAAAGAGACCAGAAUCUGCAGCUGCACAGAAGAGGCCACAAUCUGCCAUGGAAGCUGAGGCAGAGAACCACCAUCGAGGUCAAGAAACGGGUCUACAUCUGCCCCGAACCCACCUGCGUCCACCACAACCCCGCCCGCGCCCUCGGCGAUCUCACCGGGAUCAAGAAGCACUACAGCCGCAAACAUGGGGAGAAGAAAUGGAAAUGUGACAAAUGCUCUAAGAAAUAUGCAGUUCAGUCCGAUUGGAAGGCUCAUCACAAGACUUGUGGCACCAGGGAGUAUAAGUGUGAUUGUGGAACUAUUUUCUCAAGGAGAGAUAGCUUCAUCACUCACAGGGCUUUUUGUGAUGCACUGGCUGAGGAAAACAACAAGGUGAAUCAAGGCUUAUUGGGCCCAAAUUUAUCGGCCCAACUUCCAGAUCUAAUGUCCGCGAUGCCCAUAACCUCUAACACAAACACACACACAAACACAUCAAUGGGAUUCAACAACCCAUUAAAAUCACUCCCCCAAGAUCUCCUCCCAAUCCCCUUCAAGCCCAUCAACAUGCCCGCCGGCGCUACCUAUGCUUCCGGAAACUUAUUAGGUAGCCCGCGAAGCAUGCCCUCGUCGUCAUCGGGGCUCCAGCUCAGCUCAAACUCCAACCAAACAGGCUACAACUACCACCAAGACAGCAAGCAUUUGGGCCAAAUCUUUGGAUCGGCCCAAAUGUCAGCCACCGCCUUGCUCCAAAAGGCGGCCCAAAUGGGAGCAACUGCUACCAACUCCCCUAUGAUGCAGAAGAACUUCGUCAGCACCAUGGCGGGCCCAGACCAUGUGUCUAUCCGCCCCAGCCCAACUGUGCAUGGGUACGAGAGCUUCCAUAACGAGCCGUUCAACAGCGGGUUCUCACCCCAGAUGAUGCAGAAGGGCCCGCCAGAGCUCUUCGAGGGAGGGGGCGAUAUGGUGAUGUAUGGCGGGAUGCUGAUGGAUCAGAAUAUUCCGGCGCCCGGAUUCUUGAAAGACAUGGUGGAAGGGAGUGGUGAUGGGAGAAUGGGCGACAUGACGACUGUGGAUUUCUUGGGGGUGGGAGGAUCAAGGGGGCAGAAUUUGGAGAUGAAUCAGCACAGAAUGCAAGUGAUGCAGAAUAAUAACAAUAAUAAUUUCCAUCAUCAUCAGCAGCAGCAUGAAGAAUCUGAUGUGGAAAAGCCACUCUACAACACAUUCUGAAAUAAGUAGCUAAUUCAUAUUCAAGAAUUUGAGAUAUUGUUGAUUCAACUUAAACUUUUACUCAUGCUAUCUCCAAUCUACAUGGAUAUUGUUUUUUGUUAUAGUAAAAAAAAAAGAGAGAUCCCAACUUCAAAUUAAUACAGUAGUGAGAUCUACUGUAUAUUAGGCAUUACAACUCAUGUAUUUUAUGCCAUUUUACGAAGUCUAGUUCAUAAGUUUUACUCA